CAUUCCUCCCUCACUUCACAAAUCUACAGUGAAUGAUCGGACUGGCCUUGUUUCCCGUUGGUCUCGGUCACACGCACAUUUAUUUCAGAGCAUGGUGUGAGUGCUCGAAAGCGGACAUGUAUUAAAUUUUGUUUCUGAAUCAGCUAAAGCUGAUGUUUAAAAACCGCGUGGAUAACAUUGUGAGUAAUGGAGACACUGAUCAAGGACUACAUUUCGGACGGUGAUUUGUUAGUAGUACUACGUUCUGAUGUACCUGCAUAUUCCUCAUGCGUUCUGUUUGAAAGCUCUGGUAUUUUUAGUGUGGUAUUAACACGCACGUACGCGCGUGAAAGGUUGGACAGCUGGGACUUCUCGCGCUUCAUUCUGCAUGUAUGAAAAUGUGUAAACCAGUUUACUUAAUGCAUCAAAAGACGCGAAAGAAAAAUAACAACAGAGUGAGCCAUUGCCGGUCGUGCAAAUGAUAAGCAACCCCUGACUCGAGAAUAUAUGGAAAUGAGGACGAGAUAACGCACGAUAAUACUGUUGUGGGCAACUGGUAGGUGACCGACCACCUGGCGACCGGCGCUGGAGUUGAAAUGUCACGCUGCAUUUUACUUGCUUUUCGUGGAACUCCUGCGUGGAAAUUCCUCGGAUGACACGGUACACUUGACUACAACUUAUUCCCUAGGCUAGUCUUCCGCUCUGAGGUCCAUGAAUUUGGGGACUAAGGAAAUAAUGACAAGAAAAGAAUGUAAGAAGCUGUACUACGUGUCUCUCUUGUGGCUUUUGUGGGUGGUCUUCUUUCUUGCUCCAUAUAUAAUAAGCCAUGGAUACAGAAGUAGCGAAUAUCACUGCAAUUAUGGAUGUCAAGGUUCCCCUCCACUCAUCGAUACGCCCACCUGUGUCAUCCCAGACUUCGAUCCUAACCACCCCAGUAUAGUGCAGUUUCGUGAGAGGGUGACAGAGCCCAAGGAGCUAGUUUGUUCAACAAAAGAUCCCUUGACUGAGGUUUCAGGGACAAAUCUCCUCUUCUACGAAGAGAGGCUGCCUUUGUAUGGGUCAUCAAAAGCGACUGUAAGCUGCUAUUAUCAGGCCAUUCAGAGGGUGGAACAAAAGCCCGAUAGAUAUGACAUAAACUGCGACAAUAAAUAUGUCUUGAAAGAGGCUGUUCCCAUCACCUCGGCCAAGACGCUCAUUCACGAUGACGGAAUAGUCGUAACAUGUGACGACACUAAGUUCUGGUGGUCGGUCUACAAAGAUGUCCAUUAUUUUAUACAACCAAGGAAAGCUCAGGAACAAAUUAAAAAAUUUAAGGAAGAGGUGGCGGCGGCAGGCAAGAGACCCGAAAAACUGAACGUCAUCAUCAUGGGCACGGACUCCGUUUCCAGAGGGAACCUCCGGAGGCACAUGCCGAAGACCUUCGACUACCUGAAGAACAAGCUUCGCGCCAUCGACCUUCAGGGUUUCAACAAAGUUGCUGACGGUACGAACCGGAAUGUGGUGGGGAUGCUCAUGGGACCCACCCAGGGGGACCUGGACGAAUUCCACAAGUCGACGAGGUGGUACGAGACGAAAUUCGACGACUACCCUUUCAUCUGGAAGAAUUUCUCCGGGAAUGGGUACGUCACGAUAUACGCCGAAGACGCUCCGAAUAUCGGAACCUUUACUUAUAAGAAAUUCGGCUUCGUCCGAGAGCCGACGGAUUAUUACACCAGACCAUACUUCAUUGCUUCUGAUGAGCUCAUAGGCCAUAGUGGCAACAGUGGUUUGUUAACUGUCUCCCCUCCGUGUCAGGGUAGCAAAUGGGCCAUCAAAAUUAUCCACAAGUUAUCUUUGGAUAUGGCUGAGGUCUUGAAAGAUGUACCUUAUUUCGGCCUGUAUUGGACUUCAUCUUUAACCCACGAUUACCUGGACUUGGCUGCUCUUGCCGACGAGCCGUCAGUCGACUAUUUGAGGCAACUGCACGACGGGGGUUACCUCGAGAACUCGGUGCUCUUCUUCCUCAGUGACCACGGCCUGCGGUUCGGUGAAUUCAGGAAGACGUACCCAGGAAUGCUGGAAGAGCGGAUGCCCUACGUCAUGAUCAGACUUCCUGACUGGUUCAAGGAUCAGUAUCCAGACGCUUUUCACAAUAUGGUGACCAAUGAGAAGCGUCUGACCUCGAUAUUCGACCUUUUCGAAACGCUUCGAGACAUUUUACGACGAGACUACGCACGUCUAAGGGAAAGGACCCCAGCAAAAUACGGCCAGAGCUUAUUCCAGGAGGUUCCCCUCAACCGAACCUGCAAGGACGCCGGGAUUCCGGACAAAUAUUGUUCUUGCCAACACACUGAAGAGGCUGACCCGAGUGACAGCAGGCUUCGUGAAGCCGCCGUUUCUGCCAUCCAGGUUCUGAACGAAGGUCUUCAGGCUUUCCCAGAACUGCUCGGUUUUAAGUCUGGAUAAGGUCAUCGGGGGACGAGUUGGGCAUCCUAGAGAGGUGCCUGCUGCUAGUUACAAAUAUACUGUAUUCGUUGACUACAUCGUCUUGUUCGUCACGAAACCUGGUGGAGGGGAGAUGGAGGCGCAUUUACAGUUUCAUGGGGACAGAUACCAUCUGAUGAGCGACGUAUCCAGAGUCAACAGAUAUGGAAAUCAGAGUCACUGCAUACAAGAUGUGAAUUAUAUCAAGUAUUGUUUCUGCCAAGACUUGCUAUCACAGAAUUAGAGGUUUUCACCCAUUUAAACCUUGGAUCCUUAUGCAUAAAGGACAUAUUGACACCCAAGCUUCAGUAGAAUGACUGAAAAUUUCUCAGAAGUAUUUUACACCUUUGUUGAAGUGUUCGAAUGUAAGAUACCUCAUUUUAAACAUUUAUUCGGUUCCGUUUACUGAUUUAAAUACUCAGCAGUCUUUACGAAGGAACAAAGUGGAAACGAAACUUUCUUCCUUUCCCAUCAGAUGAUUUUUUAUUCUUAUUAUUAAUCUGUUGCCUGUAGGAUGACUCAAUUCUGACAUUUAAUGCUCGCAAACUUUCCUGUCCACUGAAACCCAAAUUUGAGCUUUAUAUUGAAAAAGUAGUUUAUGAUGGGAAAGUUAUUUUAAUUUAUUUUUGAUAACUUGUUUUUUGGAAUGAAUUUGACAAAGCAUGCUCUGCUCCCCUACCAACGGCCCACCAAAGUUGGUCAACAUUUUUAACAGAAUGUUCCUGAAUCGUAACGCCUUGCAUUGUGAUAGAAUUCGACUAUCUGUCUGGUGUGUUUAUCUGUUUAUAUGAUGUACAUUAUAUACCGUUCUAUAUAAUCACUUUCAGUAACAUUUUUGUGAUACAAGAAGACUUGUUAAAAUAAUUGCAUAAAACGCUAAGUUGCAUUUGAGCUAUUGUUGAUCAAUUUCACAUAACCAUAUCUUUCUUAAUGGUUACAAGGUUUCAAAAUAUUGGAAUCUUACUGACUAAAAAGAAGUUAAUUUGUAUUGUCACAAAUUACCGGUCUAUAAAGAAAAUAAGCACUAUUAAUGGUCUAUCAUUGUAUCAUUGUACAGUGCGACAGACUCUAUUAUGCUGGUUUAUGAAGUCAAGGUUCUCGCUCUGUACGAGCCCUUUUAUACAAAGCUUUCGAUCAUAAGAUUGUUUGUGUAUAUAUAGCAGGGUCGGUUUUUUAACGUGUGGUGAAGAAUUAAAUUUAUGGAGGAAAAUUCCUAAGUUUUUUUUUUGGUGGAGUGACAUUUAAGAUUGUUAAUACUCAAAGAAGA